AUGCGCGACAUCGUGGUGUUUGGAUCGACGUGCGACUUACGACAAGACCCAGGAAAGAACUCCCUGCAGCGGCAAUCCGAGAAGGGGACGAUCAUUGGCCGCAACGACGAGACGAAGGGCUACAAGAUGUGCUUGAGGUAG